GUCCCUCCAGGACCUGGGCUGAGCAAGUUUCUUCCACUCUUUCCCUUCCCUCCUCUUCACCCCCAUGCCUGCCCCUCAACCUCGGCAGGGCGCAGGUGUCCAACCCAGCCGGGACUCCCUCCUCGAACCCAGGUGUUCCGGCUCCCAGACCCCAAUUGAGCUGGGGGCGCCCACCCGCCGGGGGACCCCGCCCUGCAUCCCCCAUUCAUCUGCGUCCAGCCGCGGGAGUUUCUCAAUGGGAAGAGGGCGGAGCUCCUGGGAGGCGGACCCGGGCGGGGCGAGCUGGAUCGGGCCCUCUAGGGGUCUCCCAGAGACCCAGGGCGCGGAACUGGCAGGCGUUUCAGAGCGUCAGAGGCUGCGGAUGAGCUCACUUGGAGGACUCCAGGCCAGAGACAGGGGUUCUCUAGGCUGGGGCGAAGAGUCGAGCGCGAAGGGGGCUCCGGGCCAGAGUGACAGGAGGAGGGCUUCCGAGGAAGAAGUUGACCGGGAGGCCCGUGCGACGGCAGAUCUCGUGAACCUUGGGGAACACACGCUCAAGAUGCGGGUCCCCGCCCUCCUCGUCCUGCUCUUCUGCUUCAGAGGGAGCGCAGGCCCGUCGCCCCAUUUCCUGCAACAGCCAGAGGACCUGGUGGUGCUGCUGGGGGAGGAAGCCCGGCUGCGGUGUGCUCUGGGCGCCUACUGGGGGCUAGUUCAGUGGACUAAGAGUGGGCUGGCCCUAGGGGGCCAAAGGGACCUGCCAGGGUGGUCCCGGUACUGGAUAUCAGGGAAUGCAGCCAAUGGCCAGCAUGACCUCCACAUUAGGCCCGUGGAGCUAGAGGAUGAAGCAUCAUAUGAAUGUCAGGCUACACAAGCAGGCCUCCGCUCGAGACCAGCCCAACUGCACGUGCUGGUCCCCCCAGAAGCUCCCCAGGUGCUGGGCGGCCCCUCUGUGUCUCUCAUUGCUGGAGUUCCUGUGAACCUGACAUGUCGGAGCCGUGGGGAUGCCCGCCCUACCCCUGAAUUGCUGUGGUUCUGAGAUGGGGUCCGGUUGGAUGGAACCACCUUCCAUCAGACCCUGCUGAAGGAAGGGACCCCUGGAUCAGUGGAGAGCACCUUAACCCUGACCCCUUCCAGCCAUGACGAUGGAGCCACUUUGGUCUGCAGGGCCCGGAGCCAGGCCCUGCCUGCGGGAAGGGACACAGCUAUCACACUGAGCCUGCAGUACCCCCCAGAGGUGACUUUGUCUGCUUCACCACAUACUGUGCAGGAGGGAGAGAAGGUCACUUUCCUGUGCCAGGCCACAGCCCAGCCUCCUGUCACAGGCUACAGGUGGGCAAAAGGGGGCUUCCCGGUGCUCGGGGCCCGCGGGUCAAGGUUGGAGGUCGUGGCAGACGCCUCGUUCCUGACUGAGCCCGUGUCCUGCGAGGUCAGCAACGCCGUGGGUAGCGCCAACCGCAGCACUGCGCUGGAUGUGCUGUUUGGGCCGAUUCUGCAGGCAAAGCCAGAGCCCGUGUCAGUGGACGUGGGGGAAGACGCCUCCUUCAGCUGUGCCUGGCGCGGGAACCCGCUUCCACGGGUAACCUGGACCCGCCGCGGUGGCGCGCAGGUGCUGGGCUCUGGAGUCACACUGCGCCUUCCGUCGGUGGGGCCGGAGGACGCAGGCGACUAUGUGUGCAGGGCUGAGCCUGGGCUCUCGGACCAGGGGGGUGGCGUCGCGGAGGCUCGGCUGACUGUGAACGCUCCCCCAGUAGUGACCGCCCUGCACUCUGAGCCUGCCUUCCUGAGGGGCCCUGCUCGCCUCCAGUGUCUAGUUUUCGCCUCUCCCGCCCCAGAUGCCGUGGUCUGGUCUUGGGAUGAGGGCUUUCUGGAGGCGGGGUCGCGGGGCCGGUUCCUGGUGGAGACAUUCCCUGCCCCGGAGGGCCGCGGGGGACAGGGUCCGGGCCUGAUCUCUGUGCUACACAUUUCGGGGACUCAGGAAUCUGACUUUAGCAGGAACUUUAACUGCAGUGCCCGGAACCGGCUGGGCGAGGGAGGUGCCCGGGCCAGCCUGGGUCGUAGAGGGACCCCAAAAAGAGAAACUCUAACGAUUGCAAAGCAAAUUGCAAAUUCCCUACCCCAGGGCCCCAUUGUGCACACUGACCACAGUGAUCUGGUUCUGGAGGAGGAAGGGACUCUGGAGACCAAGGACCCAACCAACGGUUACUACAAGGUCCGAGGAGUCAAUGUGAGCCUGAGCCUUGGCGAAGCCCCUGGAGGAGGCCUCUUCCUGCCACCACCCUCCCCCAUUGGGCCCCCAGGGGCCCCCACCUUCUAUGACUUCAACCCACACCUGGGCAUGGUACCCCCCUGCAGACUUUACAGAACCCAGGCAGGCUACCUCACCACACCCCACCCUCGAGCUUUCACCAGCUACAUCAAACCCGCAUCCUUUGGGCCCCCAGAUCUGGCCCCCGGGACUCCCCCUUUCCCAUAUGCUGUCUUCCCCACACCUAGCCACCCGCGUCUCCAGACUCAUGUGUGACAUCUCUCCAGUGGAAGAGUCCUGGGAUCUCCAACUUUCCAUAAUGGAUUGUCCUGAUUUCUGAGGAGCCAGGAUAAGUUGGCGACCUUACUCCUCCAAAAUUGAACACUAGGGGAGGGAAAGAUCAUUACAUUUGUCAGGAGUAUUUGUAUACAGUCAGCUCAGUCAAAGGGGAUGCCCCAAGUGGGAGCAACAUGGCCACCCAAUAGGCCCACCUAUGUCCCAGUGUAAAAGAGAUUCAAGAUGGCAGGUAGGCCCUUUGAGGAGAGAGGGGGACAGGGCAGUGGGUGCUGGGAGUUUGGGGCUGGGAUGGAAGUUGUUUCUAGCCACUGAAAGAAGAUAUUUCAAGAUGACCAUCUGCAUUGAGAAGAAAGGUAGCAUAGGAUAGAUGAAGAUGAAGAGCAUACCAGGCCCCACUGUGGCUCUCCCUGAGGGGAACUUUGCUCGGCCAAUGGAAAUGCAGCCAAGAUGGCCGUGUACUCCCUAGGAACCCAAGAUGGCCACCAUCUUGAUUUCACUUUCCCUAAAGACUCAGAAAGACUUGGACCCAAGGAGUGGGGAUAUGGUGAGAAUUAGCACUGUUGGGGCAAAGGGGAAUCUUGGGAUAAAAAUAUUUAUGUUUAAUAAUUAAAAAAAAGUCAAAGAGGCAAGUGUGUCUUA